AUGGAUUCCGUUGAUGUGAUUGUGCUGCUACUCGCUGCGGUCGCUGUUUUGUUUUAUACGAACAGGACAAAGCUUACUUCUAUCUUUUUUGGUAACGACGACUCGAUUACCGUUAAUUCGUCGUCUGGUGAUAUUGUGACUGUACUCAAGGAAAACAAGAAGAAUUAUUUGGUACUGUAUGCUUCCCAAACUGGUACUGCUGAAGACUAUGCCAAGAGUUUCGCCAAAGAAUUAAUUAGUAAGUUCUCGUUGAAUGUGAUGUGUACCGAUGUCGAGAAUUAUGAAUACGAUAACUUGGAUACUGUCAGCGUACCAGUGUCGAUUUUCAUUUCUACUUAUGGUGAAGGUGAUUUCCCUGACAAUGCCGCUAAUUUUGAAUCGUUUUUAAACAAUAUAGAGUCCAGCGACUUGACCAAUUUGAAAUUUACUCUCUUUGGGUUCGGUAAUUCGACUUACGAAUUUUAUAAUGGAGCUGCAAAAAGGACUUUAAAGGCAUUAAAAAGUGCUGGAGCAACUCUAAUUGGGAGCUACGGUGAGGCAGAUGACGGUUCUGCUUCUACUGACGAAGAUUAUUUGUCAUGGAAAUCAAAGAUAUUUGAUGAUUUGAAGACCUCUUUGAAUUUAGAUGAACAAGAAGAUAUUUUCAAGCCUUCAUUCAAAUAUGAAGUCAUAGACGAAAAAGUUAACGGUAAAGUUGCUCUUGGUGAACCAUGCCAAGAGUAUUUACCACGCAACAAAUUACCUUUCAGUAAAGAGAAAAACGUUUUCACCGGUCCUUUCAAUGCCAACUUUCCUUAUGUGGCUCCAAUAACUGCAUCGAGAGAGUUGUUUCAAAGUGACGAUCGUAACUGCAUUCAUGCAGAAUUCGACGUUUCCGGUUCUAAUUUAAAAUAUUCUACCGGUGAUCAUCUGGCUAUUUGGCCAUCAAAUGCAAAUGAAACUGUCGAGAAGUUUUUGGCGGUUUUCAGUCUGAAUCCUGAUGAAAUUUUCAAUCUGACUCCGCUAGACGCCACCAUAAAGUUGCCAUUCCCAUGUCCAACCACCAUCGGUUCCGUUGUAAGACAUUAUAUGGAAAUAACAGGCCCAGUAUCGAGAAAAUUCUUUAGUUCGUUGGUUCAAUUUGCCCCGAACAACGAAAUUAAAGAGAGGCUAGAAGAGUUAUCUAACGAUAAGGACCAAUUCGCCGUUGAAAUUACUUCUAAAUAUUACAAUAUUGCCGACGCCGUAUCAUAUUUGUCUAAUGAAAAGCCAUGGACCACCAUUCCGUGGACGUUCCUGAUUGAAUCUCUUGCGCGUAUUCAACCUCGUUACUAUUCGAUUUCAUCCUCUUCACUAUCUGAAAAGCAGACUAUUCACGUAACUGCUGUCGUAGAAAAUAUUCCAAACAAUAAAAGUGGUAAUCCAAUAAUUGGUGUCACAACAAAUUUGUUACGAAACAUUCAAUUGAAUCAGAGCUUAAACGAAAAAAUCUCCGGUCCAUCAUUACCUUGUACUUACGAUUUGAGUGGGCCGCGUAAUCUAUUUGAAGAUAGUAAACUGCCUGUCCACGUUCGCCGUUCUCACUUCAAGUUGCCAUCCAAUCCUAGGACUCCAGUAAUUAUGAUUGGACCUGGUACUGGUGUUGCACCAUUCCGUGGGUUCAUUAGAGAAAGAUGUAAAAUGUUGGAAUUACAAUCUAAUCUCAAAUUGGGUAAACAUCUUCUCUUCUACGGAUGUCGUAACAAUGAUGACUAUCUCUAUAAAGAUGAAUUUCCAGAAUAUAUUGAAAAGAUGGAUGGGCUGCUAGAACUAUUUGUAGCUUUUUCAAGAUUGCCUGGUUCCGAAAAGGUGUACGCUCAGGACAUGUUGAAGGAGAAUGAAGAGCAAGUCUUGAGCCUGAUGAAGCAAGGUGCAUUCAUUUAUGUUUGUGGUGAUGCUAAGAGUAUGGCACAGGCCGUUCAUGCAACCUUGAUAGAUAUCUUACGCCGUGGAUUGCAAAUCUCUGCUGCUGAGGCGACAGAGAUGUUGAAAAUGUUCAAGACCACCGGCAAGUACCAGGAAGACGUCUGGUAA